CACACAUCCCAACUGGCUUCCCCGCCCCGUUUGGUGGGGGCUGGCCCUUGGCCCUCCAACUCCUUUACCCCACAUGCCUGUGAAGCCAGGGGCCAAGAUGGAUCUUCUCCUCGACAUCAGCUAAGCCUGGAGGACUCUUCCCCUCAGAGACCAUGGAGAGGGACAGCCACGGGAAUGCAUCUCCAGCAAGAACACCUUCAGCUGAAGCAUCUCCAGCCCAGGCGUCUCCAGCUGGGACACCUCCAGGCCGGGCAUCUCCAGCCCGGGCAACUCCAGCCCAGGCAUCUCCAGCUGGGACACCUCCGGGCUGGGCAUCUCCAGCCCGGGCAUCUCCAGCCCAGGCAUCUCCAGCUGGGACACCUCCGGGCCGGGCAUCUCCAGCCCGGGCAUCUCCGGGUCUGGCAUCACCUUCCAGGUCCUCAUCCGGCAGGUCAUCAUCCGCCAGGUCAGCCUCCGUGACAACCUCCCCAACCAGAGUGUACCUUGUUAGAGCAACACCAGUGGGGGCUGUACCCGUCCGAUCAUCUCCUGCCAGGUCAGCACCAGCUGCCAGGGCCACCAGGGAGAGCACAGGUACCAGCCUGCCCAAGUUCACCUGGCGGGAGGGCCAGAAGCGGCUGCCACUCAUCGGGUGCGUGCUUCUCCUCAUUGCCCUGGUGGUUUCGCUCAUCAUCCUCUUCUGGUUCUGGCGGGGCCACACAGGGAUCAGGUACAAGGAGCAGAGGGAGAGCUGUCCCAAGCACGCUGUUCGCUGUGACGGGGUGGUGGACUGCAAGCUGAAGAGUGACGAGCUGGGCUGCGUGAGGUUUGACUGGGACAAGUCUCUGCUUAAAAUCUACUCUGGGUCCUCCCAUCAGUGGCUUCCCAUCUGUAGCAGCAACUGGAAUGACUCCUACUCAGAGAAGACCUGCCAGCAGCUGGGUUUCGAGAGUGCUUACCGGACAACCGAGGUUGCCCACAGGGAUUUUGCCAACAGCUUCUCAAUCUUGAGAUACAACUCCACCAUCCAGGAAAGCCUCCACAGGUCUGAAUGCCCUUCCCAGCGGUAUAUCUCUCUCCAGUGUUCCCACUGCGGACUGAGGGCCAUGACCGGGCGGAUCGUGGGAGGGGCGCUGGCCUCAGAUAGCAAGUGGCCUUGGCAAGUGAGCCUGCACUUCGGCACCACCCACAUCUGUGGAGGCACGCUCAUUGAUGCCCAGUGGGUGCUCACUGCUGCCCACUGCUUCUUCGUGACCCGGGAGAAGGUCCUGGAGGGCUGGAAGGUGUACGCGGGCACCAGCAACCUGCACCAGUUGCCUGAGGCAGCCUCCAUCGCCGAGAUCAUCAUCAACAGCAACUACACCGACGAGGAGGAUGACUAUGACAUCGCCCUCAUGCGGCUGUCCAAGCCCCUGACCCUGUCCGCUCACAUCCACCCUGCUUGCCUCCCCAUGCAUGGACAGACCUUUAGCCUCAAUGAGACCUGCUGGAUCACAGGCUUUGGCAAGACCAGGGAGACAGAUGACAAGACAUCCCCCUUCCUCCGGGAGGUGCAGGUCAAUCUCAUCGACUUCAAGAAAUGCAAUGACUACUUGGUCUAUGACAGUUACCUUACCCCAAGGAUGAUGUGUGCUGGGGACCUUCGUGGGGGCAGAGACUCCUGCCAGGGAGACAGCGGGGGGCCUCUUGUCUGUGAGCAGAACAACCGCUGGUACCUGGCAGGUGUCACCAGCUGGGGCACAGGCUGUGGCCAGAGAAAUAAACCUGGUGUGUACACCAAAGUGACAGAAGUUCUUCCCUGGAUUUACAGCAAGAUGGAGAGCUCAGAGGGUUGAAAAAGGGUGGACCUAGAUGCUGGGCAGGCAGUUGCUGGGCAGAUGUUCUCCCAGAAGUACUUUUUUGUGUAAGGUUGCAAUGGACUUUGAAAAUGUUUCAGUUUCUGCAGAGGAUUUUGUGAUAGUUUUUGUCAUCAAGCAUUUAUGCAUGAGAAUCUGCUCUUCAUGGCCUUUCCCAGCUCUGUUUGUUGGAGUCUUUUUGAUUUUCUUUUUGUUGUUGUUGUUGUCUUUUUUAAAAAACACAAGUGACUCCAUUUUGACUCUGACAGCUUUCACAGCUGUCACCAGAAUGCUCCCUGAGAACUACCAUUCUUUCCUUUUCCCACUUAAAAUAUUUCAUCAGCACCUCACUACUAUGAUAAAAAAGUAUAAAGUAAUAAAAUAAUAAAAAGUUA